CCCCAGUAUCCAAUUGUUGGCGGUCUUCCUCUACCUUCUUCUCAAACGCUGCAGUCAGAUCUUCUGCUCACUGAAAUUAGGGUUUUAAGGUUUUUGAAAUUAGGUUCUCUCAUCGCUCCGUCUCAGUUUAAUGGCGAGGAAUUUUCCAUAUAUGUGAGAGUUCGUUCUAGAAUCGGAGGAUUUCUACCGCAAUGGCGGCCAAUGCUCCACCUGAGGUUUCUCCAGGGAACCCUUGUUGCCUCGCGUGGCAAGGGAAGUACAUAACUAUGAAGAGGAGGCGUGAUUGUUGUAAGGAAGCACGAGAUAUUCUCCAGAAGGCCAUGGCAGCCACUAUUGAUGAGAAAGCCAAUCUCGAGAAAAAACUUAGGGAAAUGACGGAUAACAGGGAUACUAAGGAAAAUGAUUCAGCGGUAAAAGCAUCUUUGGAGAAGGAAAUCUCUGAUUUGAAGUCUGAGUUAUUGUCUUUGCAACAAAGGUUAGAGCAAAACCUUAAAGAAAAAAGUGAAGAAAUCAAAAUUCUUCAGGAUCAAGCUUCUAGCAGAGAAAAGAAGUUCAAUGAACUGAAGGACCUCCUUAAGGAAGAAACAUUAAGGGCAGAUAAUUCUGAAGAAGAGAGGGAAAAGGUUUGUAAAGAAUUGAACAAGACGAAGGCUCUGAUAGUUAAAAAUGAGGAUAUCAAGCCAGACGAUCUUGUAGCGAAACAGGAAAUUAGUGUGGUUAAAAAUCUUCUUGCUAGCGAGAGGCAGAAGACGGAGUUAGAGAGGAAGAAAGCAGAAUCAGAGAGAAAGAAAGCUGAUCAAUAUCUUUCCGAGUUGGUGGUUUUAAGAACUACCGCUCAUAAGACUAGUUCGGAUUUGCUAACCGAGAGGCAGAAGACAGAGUCAGAGAGGAAGAAAGCAGAAUCAGAGAGAAAGAAAGCUGAUCAGUAUCUUUCCGAGUUAGAGGUUCUAAGAACUACCGCUACUAAGACUAGUUCGGAUUUGCUUACUUUGACCUCCAAUCUUGAGACUGUAAAAAAGCAGCUUGAGUUUGAAAAACAAAAGACACUGAAAGAAAGAAAACGUGCAGAUAUGGAGAGUGCAAAGGCUAGGGAACAGAUGUAUGAGCUUUCCACCAAAACUUGCUCUGUUUCACCUCAGAAAGUCAGAGAUAUAGAAAAGGCUAAAGUGAGGCUUUUGAAAAAAGAGAUUAAGUUUGAGAGGAAGUGUGCAAAACACUCUAAAAAAGUGGCUGAGUUUGAAAAAUUUCGAAGGGAAAUUCAGGCCGAAGAGCUGGGUCGGUUAAAACUCGAGUUCGGUAGUCUUACACAUCGGAUGAAUCUACUGGAUGGGUUUUCAAGAGACUGUGAAGGUAGAGCUGGUCUUGCCAAGGCGGAGGGCCGCAUGAAACCGCAGAUGCCACAAUCCCAGAAGAACCGUAAUGGUGAAAAGCAUUCUGACGCAAGAUGCCAGUUGGUAGCAAGCUCUGGUUCUCAGGAGCAGGCUCGCAAGCUUUCUGCUCAGUUAAUUGCUAAAUCCAGACAUGGCGUGAGUGAGUCUGUCUCAGGUACUAUUUCUCAAUUGGAGUCUCCUACUGGAGGCUCUAGAAAAUCGCAGACUUCUGGAGUUAUUUCCAGCGAGACAUCUUUUUCUGAUAGGCUGGCCUCACAGGGAAGAGAGCAGUUCUCUAUUACUACUUCAACGGAAAUAGCAAAAGAUAAACCGAAUAUCCAACCAACAAAAUCAAGUGUGUUUCGGAUAACCGAUAUCAGGAAAAAUGGGAAUCAUUGUUUGGUAGCUGAAAACUGUCCUCAAAAGCGUCAGAGAGAUAGUCAUGAGGUAGUUAACGAGCUCUCGCGAAAAAGAAAAAGAGUGUCAGUGGCAGUUGAGUCCCGUAAGCAUCUGUCAUCUGAUGAUAAAAAGAAAAAUUUACAGAAUGUAGAGAAGCUGGGCACCUUGCACUCCAUGGUAGUCGAAACUGGAUAUAGGCCUUUAGAAGAGGAUGAAACCUUGGUCCCGGAUAUAGUAGGUGGUUCCUCUGCAAAUUGCAGUACAAUCGCCAAGAAAAGAAGUGUGUCUUGUGAGAAGAAGGAAAUUACGCAGAAUUCUCUUGAGUUUAACCGUUCAGCCAAGACUCGAGGUAAUAAGGCUGGAGGUACACAGGUCACUGGAAAAACUAUGUGCCAGUCUACUGCUAAAGGACAUGAUGCGGCAACAUUAUUUCUGGGGGACGUUGUUGCUACAGAUUAUAUGAAGUUGCUGGACUUGGAUAAACCGGAAGAAGAAAGUUAUUACAGGAUGGCAAGAGAAUCGCUUCUGUCCCCGGAUCUUCCUCAGGUAGACCUUUUGGGUGGUGAGAUCGUGAAUGAGGACAAAAAUCCUGCUGACUUGGUUGCUAGUAAUAUCGUGGAUUUAUGUGACACCAUAAAUUCUAGUGAAGCGUCUAGUCUCAACAUUUGGAAUGCUUCAGUGACAGUCAAAACUCCCCCUGAAUCAUCAACGUUGCAUGGUCAUAAUCUUAAAUACUUUGUGGUGUUUUCAUAUAUUGAAGACCAGAAUAGUAUCAUCAAAAUUUUCCAUGCUGCAAACAAUUGUGUUCAGCGAUGCCCAUCAGUUACUACAGUACAGUGGGUAGUGCCCGCUAUUCUGUUCUCUUUGAAAAUGGAAGAAAACCUUUUAGCCCAGGAAAGGGUAUGUGUGUUCCUCACCUUGCUGCUACAUAACUUUUCUGUGGUUUCCUCGAUGAAAAUUGGGAACACUCUGAAUGAUGAUUCUUGCUCCUGCUUGGAUUCUUUCUCAAAGCAUAUAUAUGAUGUUACGGCUAAUAUUGAAGCUAGAGGUAUUCUCUCGGAACUUUUGGAAGAACUCUUUAAUCUUCUUCAGGACCUCCUUUCCGAGCAGAGGGUAUUAUAUUGCGUUACAUCCUCAGAAACAUCUGAAUCUGAUAUAAGCAUCCCUGUCACCCUGAAUGGAGGAAAUGUAGCUCUCCUCAGCAGAAUCGCUCUAACAGAUCAUUUGGUGGCUGGAAGUGCCAUCUUGGCGGCAAUGUGUACUGCACUGGAUCGUGUUAAAUUUAUCCGUGAAGCUUCCUUUGAAAUCCUGCACAAGCGCAGUCAUGAGAAGACCUCAAUGUCACUGACCAUUCUUCACGUUUUUGCUUACAUUGCUGGCGAGAAAAUGAUGUCCUCCAGUGAGCAUGCCAUAUCAAUUUCAGUGUUGAAAUCUAUUGUUAUGUUUCUAGAGAACAGACAUUUUGGUACUGCGGAGGGAGAUGCGAAGUUUCACCCGGGCCAGAACAAGUGUCAAUUCUCAGACAGGUCUUCCUCGCUGGAAGCUAUGGCAUCUAUGCUCAUGGAAAUUAUUCAGGAGUUUACUCAGUAUGAUAAGUUGCAUCAGAGCUUGACCGAGAAGAGCGAGUUUAGGCCGGCACACAAAGAUUUCCAGUGCGUAUUGGCCAGGGAUCAAAGUGUUACUUUAUGUGACAUUCUGUCAUUGGUGGAGCUUAUUGCUUGUUACAUGGAAUGGAAUUGGACUAGUGCGAACAUUGUUGCUCCACUGCUUAAGAUGCUGGGAAUGCCAUUGCCAAUGAACCUUUCUGUUUCAAUCGUCUCUCUUCUAGGGCAACUUAGCAGUAUUGGAGUGGAUGCAGGUGGCUAUGAAAAUGAAGGAAUCUCAAAUUUGAGAGAGAAGCUGUCAGCAUUUCUGCAGUGUGAGACGACACUAAAAGCCGGUUUUGCAGUCCAGAUAGCAACUGUGAGCUCCCUCUUGAAGACGCUUCAGCUGGAUUUCCCAAUAGCCUUCCAAGGCAAAACCAUCGUGCUUCCAGGUUGUGGUGACCAAAGCUUUUCUUCUUCAGCCAAUCUGGUUACCAAGUGGUUCUCAUUGUUGAGCGACGAACAACGAGUUUUUACAUCUGAUUUCUUACAAACCUCUGUUGUUAGAUGAUUCCGUUGUUCAUGAUGAGAAUCCUUGCUUUUCAGAUUCUCUAGCUGUUAUGGUUUGAUUGGAAUCCCCUGUUUUACUCUGGUUCUUGUGUAUUAAAUUAGAACUAUUAAAAGUUCAA